AUUUGAUAACAGCCUAAUGAUGCAAUAUUAGUUUCAGCAGUAACCAAGCCAUAACAAUGUUAAGGGCUUGAGGGGUAUAAGGUUUUUACACCAUAUUUAAUUAUUAUUAUUUUUGUUUGAAUCCAUAAAAGGUGUCGAGUGGAUCUUAUUAUUGAUAUAUUGAGAAGAGAACAUGUCCAGGCGUUGCCUCACUACGGUCAGGUUUGCUUGGCUUCACAUGCUCCGUAAGGACCAUUCCAAUAAUUUUGGAAACCGUAGUUAUAAACUUGAAACGGAAGGUGAUAAAAGUGGACCCUGUGAUGGUAUCAUGUCUUCCGAGAGUGACAGUGAUGAAGAUAUUGAAAAAAUUCGUCUUUUGGUGCAGCAGAAACUAGGCCUAGAUGACGCUACCGCUGAAGGAGAUGUUAAAGAAAAAACUGUUAAGGUUCUGGAUGAUGUGUCUCUAGACGGCAUAGCCAAUUACAUAAAGGAUAAGAGAGCACUUAACAUAAUCACCAUGGCAGGCGCUGGAAUAUCAACAUCCGCUGGCAUCCCAGACUUCCGCUCUCCUAGCGUCGGACUGUACCACAACCUCCAGAAGUACGAGCUGCCGGAGCCUGAGGCCAUCUUCGACAUCGACUUCUUCAAGGCCAAACCGCAGCCGUUCUUCGCCCUGGCGAAGGAGUUGUUCCCCGGCAGCUUUCGGCCAACCAAGAGCCACUACUUCAUCCGUCUGCUGCAUGAGAAGGGCCUCCUGCUGCGACACUACACACAGAACAUAGACGCGCUGGAAAGGGUUGCUGGUGUUCCCGACGACAAGCUGAUAGAAGCUCACGGCACAUUCCACACUUCUCACUGCUUGGGCUGCAAGAAAAAAUACUCGCUCGAGUGGAUGAAAGAGCAAAUCUUCGCAGACAACGUCCCAACGUGCACCGAGUGCAACGAGGUGGUCAAGCCAGAUAUAGUCUUCUUCAAGGAAAAUCUCCCAGAAAAAUUCUUCAAAAACCUCAAGUCUGACUUCAGGAAGUGUGACUUGCUCAUAAUACUGGGCUCUUCUCUCGUCGUGCAGCCGUUUGCUUCCCUUGUGGACACAGUGGAACCAAGUGUGCCGCGGCUGCUGAUCAACCGGGAUAAAGCCGGCAAGAGGGACAGGCUGAUGAAGUUGCUGGGGGUCCCCGGGGGGCUGGACUACGACUCGGAGGAGAACACCCGCGACGUCGCCUGGCUGGGCGACUGCGACGAGGGCUGCCAACUGCUCGCUGACAAGCUCGGUUGGGAGGAUGAUCUGAAAGCCCUGAUGGAGUCGGAACACAGGAAGUUUGUCGUCCCUGUGCAAUCGCAGAAGGAAGAGAAUCCUGAGUGUGGUGAAGGCAGCGAACCAGAAAGUGCAACCACAUCAAAAAUGUGAUUUGUUUGGUUGGAUUAUUUUUUCAUUGGAUAAAUUGGUGCUGUUGUCUAUGUUUUAUGUAAUAAAAUAUUAUUUAUUACUAGUGUUAGGUGUUUAAAUAUUUUAUACAAUGUAAAUAUCUUGCAAGUAGAAGCCUUUUUGUAUUUUCCACAGUAACUGCAAAAUCUUGAAAUGGCUACCAUGUUGAAAGCUAUUUUUAAAUUAGUUAUUGCUCUGUUGUAAUACAUGUAAUUUAAUGUUUUUUUUUUUUUUUAAUUGAUGUGUAAACAAAAGGAGAAGGAAAAAAAAAAGUAAUUAUUGUAAGAAAGCUGUAUUUAUUUGAAUAAACUUUGAUGAUGAAGAAAACAUUUUGUUGUGU